AUGUUACCAGAAAAAGACACACCUACUAUGACUAGCUUCAGUGGCAUCCAAAAUGGCACGGAGAUGGUGUUUACUUUGGAAUCCCUCGCCCAAGCUGGAAUCAUCUUCAUUAUGGCUCUGGCCAUUAUUAUCACCAAUAUUCUUAUUAUUGCUACUCUACUUCAUUUUAGAGGACCAUCAGAGGUGAUCAACUGCUACCUACUCUCCCUAGCCGUGGCUGACCUCCUCUGUGGCCUUAUCGUGGUGCCAUUGUCAAUACUGCCCGCCGUAAUGAAGAAAUGGGUAUACGAUGACAUAAUGUGCCGUCUCGUGGGCUACCUAGAAGUUACCCUUUGGGCAAUAACAGUAUAUACCUUCAUGUGGAUUAGCGUAGACCGUUACCUUGCCGUUCGGAAACCCUUACGUUACGAAACUCUCCAAACAAAAACAAGAUGCCAAUGCUGGAUGGCCUUUACCUGGAUAUCCGCCGCUAUGCUGUGCUCGCCCCCACUCUUAGGCCUGAAUGAACCUCACUAUGACGCUGAGGCUUACAUAUGUAUGUUGAAAUGGAGCAAUAUGGCUGCUUACUCCGUAACACUGGCCAUUCUGAUCCUAGGACCUAGUUUGAUAACCAUAGUGUACACCUACACUUACAUCUUUAGAAUGAAAAGUAAAUUGAGGAGCGGUGUUCCAUUUCACGACAAGGAAUAUGCCACCGCUCUAGCGGAGAGCCUGUCUAAUCCGAGUCAUAUGAUGUCCUUCGCUUUAGUCAUCGCUUUCUGGCUAUCUUGGACACCGUACAUCUUUGUGAAACUGUACGAGUACCGCACUGGUAAACUGAACAACAUGCAGCUUCUUCAUUUCGGUAUCGUGUGGCUUGGCUUCCUUAACUCGUUCUGGAAAUCCAUAAUUCUGAUCACCCUCAGCCCUCAAUUCCGACUUGCCCUUAGAAUAUUCUGCAUGACAAUUUGUUGUAGAUACAAGGGAAGACUGCAGGCCGAACUGAUAGGAAUGGAAGCAGACGACUGA